UUACAAUUCACGGUUUAAGGUCUACCAUAUGGCUCCGAAAGUGUGUGGCCCAUCGCGAAACAAUAUUUUCGCUCUUUACUCGAAGAGAAGAAUGAUUACAUCGAGGAUCAUAUCAAACGUAUACUUGAUGAUCUUUUGCCUCUCUGGAUUUGGCAGAUUCAAAAGGCAAAGAAUAUACCGGGCCAUCUUGCUUCGGAUAAUUGCUACGUCUUUUAUCAUGCCUUGAUACGUGCAGAUGAAACCAGAUCUCCGCCUUGGUCGGCUGGCAUGCUAAGAAUACCAUGGAAAAUAAUCGUUGGAUUCUUUGAAGAGGCAUCAAUUGAUCCAAUUGUAAGUGAGUUACGAAUCUUUAUCAAGCGGCUCCCUAUCAAACCAGUCCGUGUGAUUCUUGGCGGUGGAUACUCCAUGAUGAGUAUUGUUAAAGAUGCCUUGUUCGAGCUUGGCAAGGAAUUGAAUAUCAAAUUUUGCCAACAUCAAGAUAGCAAGCCAGUGGCAGCUGGGGCUGUUGAUAUGGCCGCAAAUCCUGAUAUCGUGGAAUCAAGACUUUUAAAGUCUUCAUAUUCUAUUUUAACAAAAUUUCCAUGGUCGGAAAAGGAAGGACCACGUGAGAUUUAUCAGCCCUCCCGGAACCAAUUUGAUCAUUCGUGGGAAUUCAAGGCUCAUGAUUGGAUGGGUAAAGUGGGUGAGAAGAUCUCGUCGAAACAAAUCUUCACCUCAGAUAGCAACGAAUAUCUCUGGCGAGAACGAUUCGUCCGUGAAUACGAUGACCUUUCUUGGCAGGAAACUAUAAACGCUUGGGAUGUUCAUCCUGGACCAGGUAGAUUUACUGUUCCAAAGAAACUUCAAGGGGCACAGUGCGAAACUAUUACCUUGAAUGUUGAUUUUCGCAAAAAGAUUUCGGACCACUCCGUACUGAGAAAGAAGAAGGGGUAUUUCUAUAUACGAUACUCCCUGGAGCUCCACCUAGACGGAGACUCUCUAACCUUCCUGGUCAAGACGAAGGACAAGAAUGGGAACCAUUACAUAGUGGAGAUCGACGAUCUGGGAACUACAAUCUCUUCAGUGAUUUUAACAGGAGACUGCGCUCAAACCCGCGAAGAACGUAGCUCGAACAUUUCAAAGUCGACAAUAGUGGAUAAGAUCAGUUCUGCUUCUACUUGUGGUAGCCAUGUUAAGGCAUCGAGUCAAAAUAUUGGUAUCAAUACAUCCCCUGAUGAUGCAUCAUCUCAAGCAUGCAAUUCCGUCAAUCCAGUGACACCAACGCCAACUUUGGUCGAUCCAUUUGAAAAAAUUGAGUACGACUCGGUGAAUCUAAAUCUCCUGCUAGAUCAACACCACAUCAGUAGCCAAGAAUUAGAGGAUCCCUUUUCCUCUCAUUAUCCGCGACAAAAAAGUGAUCUGUAUAAGCCAGCACGUCGACCACGCAAGGGGAUGAAGAGCAAGAAAGCUCCAACCUUGGAGACACCCCAGGUUCCACGACCGACAACACUCGAUGACAUAGGAUUACCUAGGAGUGAUGGCUCUCAAAUUAUCGAUGAACCGUCAUCGUUGGUAUUACCAUUACCAUCACCUGUAGUGCCAGAAGACACGAUAGUUGUGCGGCGUCGAAAGAUCUCCUUUACAACCCCAGCACGAUUCGGAUAACUUUACUUUAAUGGCGCUCUGUCCGGAUUCCGCUUUAUGAUGUGUAUUCUAGUCUUUUCAUAUUCACGAUUGUUUUACAGGCCGGGCUGUACUUAAUUUUCACAAUACUCUGGAGGUCUUGGUGAGGAAAUGAAGGACAAUGUAUACACUCCCAAUCGAUGAGUCUAGAUGGAGUUGUUUAUUUUGUUCUGAUAUUGACAUAUGAGGGGUUGUUGUAAUUAUUUCAGCUG